AUGCGUGCGGUUGGCCACGCAUUGAAGCCCUCAUGGGCUGGACUUCUAGCCAUAUUGCUGACCGGGGCGUCAAGUGUCCAAGCGGUGCAAAUGAACAUCGAUGACGAACACUCAAUAAAGGCCGCUUCGAAAAAAGUAGCCCUGAACAUGAUGUCGUACUACACAGGAAUGAACCCUGGCGAUAACCCGGGAAACUUGCCCGAUCCAUACUACUGGUGGGAAGCGGGAGCCAUGUUCAACGCAUUAAUCGACUAUUGGUUUUACACUGGGGACGAUACCUGGAACGACAUCACCCAACAGGGCAUGCUAUGGCAAGCCGGUGACAACAUGGCCUUCAUGCCAAACAACCAGACCAAAACUGAAGGAAACGACGAUCAAGCAUUUUGGGGAUUUGCUGCCCUAUCUGCCGCUGAGCGAAACUUCCCCAACCCGCCAGCCGAUAAGCCCCAAUGGCUCGAGAUGGCCCAAGCCGUUUUCAACACCCAGGCCGCUCGUUGGGAUCCCUCUUCCUGUGGCGGAGGAUUACGGUGGCAGAUCUUCACAUGGAACAACGGCUAUACAUAUAAGAACACUAUUUCGACCGGCGGGUUUUUCAACAUCGCUGCGCGUCUGGCUAAAUACACCGGUAACACGACAUAUUCCCAGUGGGCUGAGAAGGCCUGGGACUGGACAUCCGAUGUCGGGUUCAUGACACCAGAUUACCAUUUCUGGGACGGUGCCAGUGACUUGGAUGGUUGCAAGAAGAUGAACAAAAUCGAGUGGACAUACAACAGCGGUGUAUACCUCCUUGGGGCAGCGAACAUGUGGAACCUGACCGAAGAGCCCAAGUGGAAGAAUCGCGUCCAAGGAAUUCUAGAUGCAGGCGCAGUUUUCUUCGCGGAACACCCGAAAGACGUCCUGUACGAGCGGGCGUGCGAAACCGUCAACACCUGCAUGGUCGACCAACGCUCCUUCAAGGGCUACCUUGCGCGCUGGAUGGCCGCAACCACACAACUAGCGCCCUUCACCUAUGACCAAAUCAUGCCGAAGCUGAAAGCUACGGGGAUAGCAGCCGCCAAAUCAUGCAGCGGGGGUGACGACGGCACAACUUGCGGCAUGAAAUGGAUCGACGAGAAGUGGGAUAAGACCCGUGAUUUUGGCCAACAGAUGGCUGCGUUGGAGGUCAUCCAGUCAAAUCUUAUUAACCGGGUUGCAGCGCCCGUCACGGAUGACAAGGGUGGUACUAGCAAAGGUAACCCUGAUGCGGGUAACGUGCCUAAGAAGCCGGAUCCUGCUACGCUGAUGCGUCCUAUUACUACGGCUGAUCGGGCUGGUGCCGGAAUCCUCACAGUUAUGAUGAUCAUCGGUAUCGGGGGGUCAGCUGGGUGGCUUUGUUGGGACUGA